AUGUCAAGCUUUGAUUGGCAAGCAUCAGCAAUAUUACAGGCAAGGUUGUUAAUUUCUAAAAACUUUGAACAAGUACUUGAUUUAGAAACAUCAAUUGAUAAACAUCUUAUAAAGUUUACUAGAAAAUAUGCUAAUUAUACAAAGAAUAAUCCAGAUAGUGUUACAUUUACACCCUCAUUUAGUGAGUAUGUUAAAUUUGUUUUCUUUUUAAGAAGAAGUGUUGUUGUACAGUCUGAAGGUAUUUCAUUUGAUGAAUUUGCUUACUUUAAAUAUUUAUUGUAUAAGUUGAGUAUUGAAGAUGCUCUCAAGUUAAUUAAGCCUAUGUUAGUACAGUUUCACUACCAAGGAUCAGUCAAUGAAGUACCUUUAGAUCUUUCUAGUUUAAAUUCCCAAUCAAUGUUAGUAUUAGAUUCUUUCCAUGAUAUUUUAUUGUGGUAUGGACAAGAUGUUCAAGAAUGGAUUAAACAAAAUUUACAGGAUAAACCAGAAUUUUCAUUCUUUAAAGAAUCACUAGAAUCAGCAAAAGUGUAUGCUGGUACCUUAAAGGAAGAACGUUUACCUACCCCACAGUAUAAUGAAACUGCAGCAGGUAAAAGUAAAGAACGUGUUUUAUUAACUUACGUCAAUCCUGGUGGAUCCAACGCAAUAAGAACUCAAAGAAUUGAUUAUGAAAAAUUCUUUAAAACUCUCGCAAAGCAUGUAACUUCUAGUGAUUGA